GCAUGCAGUUUAUUAAGCUACAGAUGAAAUAAAUUAUGAUAAACUACAGAGGGUGGUGAAUGUGCAUGGUGAUUAGCUUGAUGCCUCUUCCCAAUACAUAUCGAGGGUCUUAUUCUGGUGACAUGUUUGAUGCUUGGCUGCCGUUUGACAAAUACAAAUAUUCUCACUCUUAUCCAUAAUAAUAUCAACAUGUGUAGACUAUAGCCAACCCUCACUGUAUCUACAAGUUGUUGGCUAGAUURCACAUGCAAAGACCAGAGUACAUUAAAAUGUACGCAAAAAAGUAAAUGUGUGCAAUGUCAUCACUGACUGAUUUUUAGCCACAAGUCAGUUUGGUGGGAAAAUGCGCAUAUAUUUGUUAGAAUAUUUGCAUUCAAUUUGUCGACAAUUGGAUGGAAACCUAGCUACUGAGGUCUCUUCUUGCCAUGGUAGCUAAAAUAAUGUGCAUUUUUCUGCAUGACCCUAAGCAUGAUGGGAUGAUAAUUGCUUAAGUAACUCAUGAACCACACCUGUGUGGAAGCACCUGCUUUUAAUAUAAUUUAUAUACCCUCAUUUACUCAAGUGUUUCCUUUAUUUUGGCAGUUACCUUUAUUUCCCGUCUUACUUGUAUGAUUAGAAAAAAGGCGUGUCUCAGUGCCACAAAUACUGCAUUAUAUCGCUCAUUCAGUUACAAUAAAGAACACUUUUGUUCCGACGACUCCUCAAAGUACUUCUACGUAACGAGAGAUGGCGCUUUGGUUUUGGCCAGUAGCAUACGGACCGGGCUUACCUGUUAAUAUGGACCAGUGCGACUGCAAACCAGACAGCGAUUGUACCGCAACCUACUGUGGAGAUGGUAGSACUGGUCUGUGGUUGGACUUCAACAGUGUUUUGACAGGAGCUCUCACUGUGGUGGGCUAUCUCCUCUACAGAUUCUCACAGGCCCUCCCAGCUCUGAUAAGAUGGCCCAUCCAUCUCUUCUGCACACUCACUGGUCUGUCCUCACUGUGGGGUUGGGUGAGCCACCUGAUGGGAACUCUUCGUAGCUUACAGCACUUACUGAAGUGUUUGUCGCGUAUUUGGAGGUUUAUAGUUGCUUCAUUCUCAAAACUCAGCGGGUUCACUGUUAUCAUUCAAAACAACUCUGGGGCUUCUAGUGACAGUCCCCCAGGCACAGAGCCCUUUCCCAGCCCUAUCUCCAUAGAGCCUGGGCUGAGGCUCAUCCUUACGGGGCCUCCCGGUGGAGGUCGGACCUCCCUUGCAGACGCCCUGGUUGGCUGCAGGCUCCCUCAGGUUGGGGGGUCCCUGGGGGCUGUGAUGGAGUGUACUAAGCGGAGGGUGGUGGUGGACAGGAGAGAGCUGAUCAUAAUAGACACCCCAGACCUCCUGGGUCCAUCUCUGGGUGACAGUAAGAGAGCCUUGGAGACCCUCCGCAGCCUGCAGCUGGCCAGCCCAGGCCCGCAUGCCUUCCUGCUGGUGCUCCAGACCCCUGGAUCUGGAGAUGGGGUGGACCAGGAUGCUGCUAGUGCCACCAGGGCCCUCCUGGAGCUGGUCGGAGAGAGUGCCACAGGCCACAUCCUCAUUGUCCUCACCCAUGCAGACGGUUUGGGUCCGGGCUCCACGCUAGCCCAGCUACUGGAGGAUGAUGCUGGAGGCCUCAGAACUGCUCUGUAUCUGUGUGGUCAGAGGGCUGAGCUUGUGGACAACAACCCAGACAAGCCGGUGGAGGAGAGGAGAGAGCUGGCGAGGGGGCUGCUGGAGAGGCUGGCAGAGAUGAGGGCACUGAGGGGACACUACACCCACGAGCUGCAGAAAAGGGAGGACCAAGUCAGGGAGGAACUGCUGAUGGACAUGGCCUCUGUGUUGGCACGGAAACUGGGACAGGAGUAUUGAGAGUUGAAGAGUAAAACUUCAUUUUGGGUUUAGGUGCAUUUUGUUGACUUAUUUUUGUCAUUMUUGGAUUCUGGGUUUGUUAUUGUCUUUGGGGAAUUGAUCCUCAGGAUGUCACUGUCUCUGCAUGGAUUAUUGUUAAAUAUGUCAGUCUGAGCAUGGGCUUGUUGGGUAAAUUUGUUUUGUAAAAACAAUAUGUUCUUACAGUACUGUUGUUAUUGAACAAUAUUUAAUCUAUGUCAAUUUGCCUUCAUGUACACUACUUGAUUUCUUGCACACACUCUUGUCUGUCUACUACAUUCCUCCCAUGGUUUCCCUUUUUUUCUUUAAAGUAUUAAAGUUGCUUCCAAAUAAGUG